GCUGUCGACUAGCUUUUAUUUGUUUUCAUUUGGUUGGCGAGGCUAUAUUUUUGACGAAAAUGGGCAAAAGUAAAAAGCAGGCGCGUGAAUUCAACGCAGCUAAGGAGUCGGCUGCGGCCACAAACUCCAGGCUGGAAACCUGCAACGAUGCCUAUACAAGUGGGGCCUUCAAGUACCUUAGAUUCCUUGUUCACCUCGUGGCAGCGGCCCAGUUUUCGUAUGGGAUGUAUUACCACUACUAUCGUGUACACUGGCCCACUGAUUUGCUAGAUGAGGCUGAGCUGAAAGCCCGCUGGGGAGGGAAGUUUAAGUACCUCACCUUCCUAGACGUUAUUCUGCAGGCCAUGUACCAUUCACUAGCCCUUUUAAACGAUAUCUUCGGUGAUAACAAAGUCUGCUGGAACACAGAGUCCAGGUUGAGAUCGACGAGGGACUAUGUAUUCGCGGCCUUUGCCUUUCCCGUCGCACACAACGUGUGCCUCUCGUUUUGGGUUAUUUACAUCUGGGACCGUGAGCUCAUUUUUCCAUCGGCACUGGAUGCGAUAUUCCCCAGCUGGCUAAAUCACGUGGUACACACAAAUGUAGCCCUCCUUGCCAUCAUGGACCUGUUUACCUGCUUCCGCCGCUACCCAAGUCGACUAGCCGGCAUCAUGGGCAACGUCUCUUUUAUGCUGCUCUACAUUAUCUGGUUACAUAUUGUUAAAUAUUUCAGUGGAGAGUUUGUGUAUCCUAUUUUGGAGGUACUGCCCGUAUACCUGCGGUACCUGUUUCUUGCUCUCUUGGUGGGCUUCAACUUAGCUUGCUAUCUACUCGGUGAGUUUGCCAACAAUGUCAUCUGGGGUCCAGAGUUCAAGUUGCUGAAUCAGCAAAAGGUCAAACAGGGUUAAUGAUUCGAAAUCGUUUUAUUAGUCACACAUAAAAUAUUUUGUAAACUUGAAGGCACUUUUCAAGGUACGAUUUUUUUUUUGCAAAAACGCCUAUUGGUAUUGUACUUAUGUGUAUAAUAUAGAAUGGACUUCAAAGCCCAGUGCCCACGACAAAGUAGAAAUUCAGGAAAAUAUAUGCUUUAUAUAUGUUUUUCGUGGGCACCAGGAUAAAGUAAACAGUCAUUUACAAACAUACAUAGAGAUUUUAAUUCUUACGGGCUAUGUGGGAAGAUGAGUAUUUUAAAUAGCUUACUAUCUAUGAGUAUUCGUAAUUCGUAGUCGUAGUUUUCGCUUAUUAUGCUCAAUAUAAAAACUAUAGGGCCAUUGCAAUAAAGAUGGCAUAAAAUUCACACAUACGACCUGCUUCGGUUUUCCCACAUAAAAUUCCAUUUAUAAAAUAUCACUUUAGUUUUUGCUUAAUGUGGAUUAAAAAAUAAUAAUUCCGUAAAUCUGUAACAAGAAAAUCUGGACUGGAUUUAUAAAUUGUACAUACAUUUAUAAGAAUUUUAACGCAGCAAAAGAGAAUUAGCUGAUAGCAAUACUUUUUAUGUGUAAAAAUAUUAGAUGGUAAAAUUUUGUUUUAAAAAUAAAAUCGAUUAAAAUUGA